AUGGCCAACCGCGAGGGCACUGCCGGCGGUACAGGUUUCCUCUUCGGUAACAUCGACCGCCGCGGCCGCCUCGAUGAGGACUACAUGGACGAUGACGCCAAGGAUACUAUCGACAACGUCGGAUCCAAGGUCGUCGACAAGGACCGCGACUUGCGCGAGAUUACAGAGGCACUCCCGCAGCAGAAGCGCUCGGACUAUAGCGAUGAUGAGGACUACGAUGACGAUCCGCCCAAGCCAACGCCAGGUGCAGCGCAGCGCGUUGACUACUUUGACGAGGACGACCUCAUUGAAGAUGAGCUCGAUGAGGAACAGCGUAAAGACAUGGCCGCGCUCGCCUUGCGGAAAGCAACCCAACCGGCGGCAGGUGCAUCAGCGAAUGACGAUGACGACGAGAAUUACGACGAUGACGACGAGCAGGCACCCAAGUCUGUGUCCGCGUCCAAACCUGUUGGAACAUCGUCCCUUUCCGUCAAAGCACAGCCUUCCAAGCCGCUAGCCCUCAGCGCCGAGGCGAAGCCUGCCGCGUCUCCUGCCUCACAGGCAGAUGACAAGCUAGCUGCGGAGCAGCGCCGCCUCAUGGAACAGGCUCGCGUGACAGCCGCGAAGGCCUCCGCCGCGCCUGUACCCGCGGUCGAGCUGGCAGAAGACGGGGAGGAGCUAAACCCUGUCCAUUUCACAAAGCUCUUCAUGAGGCCGGCUCCGGUUUUGCGUUAUGUGCCGCGCCGCCGCCGCUUUGGACUUGUGCCGCACACUCAGAACCAUGAACCCCCUGUGGAAAACGAUGACGCGGACGCCCUAGAUGAGGAGCAUCCGCCGGAUGAUGCGGACCCUGCCGGCAUUGUUAUUGCGUUGGAUGCCGAGAAUGCUGCUAAGAGGAGCCAAUUGAUGGGACAAGUGGACAGCAGGCCCAAGUUGCGACUCUGGAAAGACGAAGACGGUGAUGUGGAUUCCGACACCUACGAGGGCGCCGCUGAACCUUUAGAGGCCUCAGAUGUAACUAACGACAGCAUGGACGUGGUGCCAGAUAUCGACGACGUCAAGUCCGAUUUACCUCUUGUUCAGCAAAUGGAUUGGGAAAAGGAGAUACAGUGGCAGGAUGGCGAUGAUUCUGACGAUAACGACGAUGAGUGGUAUUUAGCGGCAGCGAACGACGCGAGCGCGAACGACGUCAAAAAUGGCAGCGUAAAUCUUUCAGCUGAUAAUGCAAAGCAAGAAGAAGACGACGAUGAUGAUGAUGAAGACGAGUUCGAAGACCCCGUAUUCAUGAAUGUUGACGAAACAGCUAAGGAGGAAGAGAAAGACAAAAGAAAGGACUCCGACUCCGAGGACGACAUGGAAUGGGAAGACGGGCAAGCGUCAGCCAAUAAAGAGAAGGAUGUGAAGUCAAAAUCCAAUACUAUCCCUCAACAGCAGCCGCCGACUACGCCAAAAACAAAUGGCAUCGCACCUCUGAAGAAAGUUAAAGCGCCCACUGCACCUGUAAAAGACGCGCCACUAGAAAAAGAAACAUCUGAUAAGGAUGCUGGAAAAAUCGGAACUGUUGCAGUGAGACAUGUAAAACCAGAAAUCGAAAAUCUUGUUCUUGCGCCGAACAAAGAAUUGGAGAGAGGAAGUUGGUUGGACGAUGUCUUGUGGGAUUCACACAGCGAAGAGGAGAAAGAAAAUGGGUUUAAUCCCUUUUCAGGUCGAAACGGGAAGUUUUCGACCUUGGCGAGAUUCAGUCGUCUUAUCCUAGACCCGAAUGACCCCAACAUGGUAUUCGACUAUCCAUCCACUGCAUCAACUGAAAGAGGCUUGCAAUCAUCCAAACCAACGGACGUUGUUCACGCACAGCUAACAAAAGCCAAAAUGAACGAGUUGAUAAAUUCGUCUGGCACUCAAGUCGCCAAACUUCUCGAAUCUGAUCGCUUCAAUAUUUCGAAUGAUACCUACUACGCAAGUGGGACCUCUAAUUUCUUGAAAGUUGAUCUCCGCUCUAGCCUGCGCGGAUUAGAGAAUGCUCCCCCAGCCGUGAAGUCUUUGACAACGAAGACGGUUUACACUGACGCCGAACUGUUGUCUUUUCGCCGGCCGGUAUUGACUGCAGACAGAUUACCCCGAGACACUGUGAUAACACCAUUUCGCCGAAGACGUCCGAAAGGAGGGCACGCUCAAAUUGCAGGACAAAAACCGAAGAAGAAGUCUGAGCUCUAUUGUUCCGAAAAAGAUGCCUAUCGGGUGUCUCUCUAUGAAUACGCUCUGGAAAGGCUUCCAUGCAUACUUCCUAUACCAGGCAUGGCGUCUCGCAUCGUCACAUAUGCUCGAAAGGAUUCUGCCGCAGCUGCUGCUCAAGCGUCAAAAAACGCAGCUGGGACUCCGGAAGCUGAUACAGUCUUCAUGGCUCCGGACGAACCCCCUCCUCUGCAUGCCGGGGAUUUGGAAGCGAACGGUAAACCUUUGUCUGUGGUUGAGUCUCACGUCUUCGCUGCCGCAUGUGUUCGCCAAACUGCCAAAACAACAGACUUUUUGCUCGUGCGAAACGGUGGCAAGAUGUAUGUUCGGGAGAUAGAUUCGGUUGUCGCCCUAGGGGUCACAGAGCCAAAAGUUGAUGUGAUGGCACCAAAUGGUGAGCGUUGUAAAAGAUAUGGAAGGGAGCGGGCUCUGUUAUGGGCGCUCAGAGAGUUUAUGAAGAAGAAAAAGGAAAUCGCGAGGCAGCACAGGUCGGAAAGACGAGGGAGGGACGACGAGAAUUCAGUACCGUCGGAGAAGCCCUACAUUGAGAAGGAUGCGAUUGUACAAGAGUUUAGAGACUGUCGAACACAUCCUGAGGCUUGGCUGUAUAAAGUUAUCAGAGAGUUUGCACGGUAUCAAAAUGGGAAAUACGUUAUUGAAGAUGAGCCGGCGAAAAGUCUUGCGAAGAGAGAGGCUGAAGUGCUACGAACUGUGAAUCCUCAAGAAACAGCUGCAUUUGAAGCUAUGGAAGCUGGUUGGGAGAGUCUUUCGAAUACUGGGAUUCAGAUUUUUACGCAUCCUUCCAACCAAGGAAACAUCAUCGCAGCCGCUGAAAGAUCUGGGCUUGAAGCAGGCCCAGCUGUGGCAGCAUUUAUCAAAAGCCGUUUGUUGAAGUCUCCAUGGUUUAAGUCUCAGAAUAUUACAUCAGCCCAAAAGCAGCAGAGAAAGGAACUCUUGCAGGUACUCUCCCUCGCAAGAAUUGUAAAUGAGCUCCAAGACGGAGGAACGGUUAUGGAGUCAAGGCUUAUGUCACUAACCGGAGCAGAAAUGAACAACGUCUUAACGAAUCAAUUUCGAUUGAACUCGAAGAAAAUCCCUGCUGACGUGGAAGAAAGGAGAGCGAUGGUUCGAGAAAUGGCGCAGCGAAAAGGAAAGGGCAAUUCUCAUGAUAUGUCCGACUAUGCUAAGCUCAUUCGGAACGUUAUGAAGAAGCACCGCGUUGCUGGGUUGGGAAAGAGUGCCGCAAACGUUCCGCAAGGGAUGUCCACUACAACAGGAAUUUUCCUGGCGCUUCCUUUAGACAAACAGCGCCAAGCUUUAGAAGAUGGAGACGUUUCCGAGCUUCCAACUGAAGAUCAAGACUUUGCAGGAGACCCAGACAUGGCAGCCGCUCUUGCUGCCACUGGCGAAGACGCUUUUGGAAAGCGACCCGUCUCGAAAGAAAAAGAUGUGAAAGGUUUGCUCGCUAAGAAGAACGCGAAGAAGCCUCCCAAACCGCCGCGCAAGGUUGCGCCACCAAAACCCUCAAUCCCACACUCGGUUGUCGAUCGGGGAGACAAGCCUGACCAAAGGAAAGGAAUAGGUUCUUUUUCGGCAAAGCCUUCAACAGACGAGAGAGGGCCAGACGAGGAGCAAAAAAAGGUGAAAAAGAAAAUCAGACGGCUGAAAGUCACACGCAAAGAGGUUGCCGAAGAUGGAACCGUUUCGUAUGUCCAGGAUAUAAUAACCGACCCCGUGGAGAUAGCGCAGAUGCUGCUGAAAAAGAAGAACGUUAAGAAAAAGACGGGGGACCGCCCAGGAAUGUCCAGUGGGAAAGCUAAAGUGGCUAUAGACCUGAAAAUGCUGCAGCAAGGAUCGAAAGGAAUUUCCAAAAAGAAAAGUUCUAACCGACCUGAGAAGAAAAAAAAGAAAAAUCCGUCGAAGCCAAGUGGUUCGGCUGAUCCUGGUGAAGAAGGAAGGGGACCCGAGAAGGGGAUGAUUGGUAAGAUUAAGAUCAGCACAAAACAGCUUCGCAAGGACAAGGAAGAAGCUUCAUUGAAGAGAAAGCGAUCCCAGUAUGGAGACGACGUGGAAUAUCGGGCAAAGAAAACGGCCAAGACUUCUCGUCGGAAACGGAACGGGACUGUGCAGCUGAACAAUAUUCUUGAGAAAGUUGAAAAGAAUAUCCGCGAGACGGAAGGCUAUGUCGCAAGUCAAACGCCAUUCCUUAAGAUUGCGCGCCUGAAGGAUGGUGAGUCCCCUCCUCCGGGAGCUAUCGCCAAUAACUUGGCUGCGCCUAAAAACACGGGCCUUGACUUUACUGCACCCGUUGACACAAAGCUUGUGCCAACGUACAAGCAAAUUAUUAAGAAGCCGAUGUACCUAAACUUGAUCAAGCAAAAAUGCAAGCGAGUGGCGUAUCGCUCUGCUGCGGAAUUCAUCGGGGACAUGGAGCUACUCGUGAAGAACGCUAGUGAUUUUAACAAAACCCCUGAUGUGGCCUGGGUUGUGCAACAUGCGGAAUUGUUGUUAGAAGUUGCGAGAGAGCAGAUUUCAAGGAGAGCCGAUGACAUCCGGUCGGCAGAGGAAAUGAUCAGGAAUGAGAAGGCCGAAGCGAAAGCCAAACAGAGCGCCACCUAG